CUUACGCAGCGUUUCCUUGUUUUCAACUCAGCGCGGGAGAUCCACCAGAGGAGCUGAGAGUGGUCUGGGGAAAUUACUGGUGCUUUGUCGAAAUGCCUUGUGAAAGGAAGCCGAUGCGCUACGGCCACUCGGAGGGACACACCGAGGUCUGCUUCGAUGACACUGGGAAGUUUAUUGUGACUUGUGGAAAUGAUGGAGAUGUUCGUAUAUGGGAAAGUCUUGAUGACGAUCCAAAGUUCAUUACUGUCGGAGAAAAAGCCUACUCCCUCGCACUGAAGAAAGGGAAGCUGGUGACGGCGAGCUCCAACAACACGGUGCAGAUCCACACGUUUCCUGAUGGAGAUCCGGACGGCAUCCUGACGCGGUUCACCGCCAACGCCACGCAUGUCGCCUUCAACAGCAGCGGCUCCAGAGUUGCUGCCGGAUCCAGUGACUUCAUGGUGAAGGUGGUGGAGGUGUCGGACAGCAGCCAGCAGAAGACGCUCCGAGGUCACGAAGCACCGAUCCUCAGUGUCUCUUUUGACCCCAAAGAUGAAUACUUGGCCUCUGCCAGCUGUGACGGCUCAGUGGUGGUGUGGAACAUAGAGGAUCAGACUCAGGUGAUCAGUUGGCCUCUGCUGCAGAAGACGAAUGACGUCAGCGAUGCGAAGUCUCUGUGUCGGUUAGCCUUCCAGCCCACAGCGGCGAAGUACUUAGCGGUUCCCGUGGAAACGAAGGUGCACCUGUAUGAGCGGGGGUCCUGGGAACAUGUCAGUACUCUGUCUGAUGAUCUACUCACACAGCCCAUCAACGUGGUGGCCUGGUCUCCGUGUGGUCGGCUCCUGGCAGCUGGAAGCGUCGGGGGUUCACUUACCGUGUGGGAUGUGAGCAGCAAGCUGUGUGUGGAAAGACAGAAGCAUGAGAAAGGCUUCACCGUGUGCGCUUUGGCCUGGCAUCCAUCAGGCCGUCAGAUCGCUUACACCGACACAGAGGGCUGCCUGGGUCUGCUGGACGGAGUCUCCACCUCCUCCACCAGCACCACCAGCUCCAAGCAGGCACCUGCAAAGAAACCUGCUACAGACUAUGACGACCUGUUUGAUGAUGACGAUGACAGAAUCAUGGAUGAAGGACUGAGUGAUACCAACUCACCGGCUAAGAAGCCCGUCGUCGGGGACGAUGAUGACGAUGAUGAUGAGUUCCUGAUGCCUUCCACUGGGCGGGUGAGGAACAGAGGAGCGAUCCUGGAUGAUGAGAACUCUCUGGGCACGGGAUCUCUGAAGCUCGGUCAGGACAAAUUUGAGGAUGAUGAUGAUGCCGGCAGUGCUGUGGUUCCUGCCGCCACCCCAGUGGUGCCCCUACACCCCGUCUAUGAGGGGCCCAUGCCAACUCCUCCCCAGAAGGCCUUUCAGCCGGGUUCCACGCCUUCACAUCUCACACACCGCUUCCUGAUGUGGAACUCGGUGGGAAUAGUUCGAGGAUACAACGACGAGCAGGACAACGCCAUCGACGUGGAGUUUCACGACUCGGCUGUUCACCACGCCAUGCACCUCACCAACUCUCUGGGUCACACCGUGGCUGACCUUUCCCAGGAGGCCGUUCUGCUGGCCUGCCCCAGCACAGAUGAGCUGGCCAGUAAGCUGCAGUGCCUCCACUUCUCUUCAUGGGACACCAAUAAGGAGUGGAUGGUGGACCUGCCGAAGGGCGAGGACGUGAAAGCGCUGUGUCUGGGUCAGGGUUGGGCGGCAGUUGCCACCAGCGCACUGAUGCUCAGGUUGUUUUCCAUCGGAGGGGUGCAGAAGGAGAUCUUCAGCUUGCCGGGGCCGGUGGUGUGCAUGGCGGGUCACGGAGAGCAGCUGCUCAUCGUCUACCACCGAGCUACAGGCUUUGAAGGAGAACAGGCUCUUGGAGUUCAGCUGCUGCUGUUCAGUCGCAGGAAGAGACAGCUCAUCAACGGUGAACCCCUCCCACUCUCUCCCAGAUCCUACCUGUCCUGGCUGGGAUUCACGGCCGAAGGUACGCCGUGCUAUGUGGAUUCAGAUGGGAUGGUGCGGAUGCUGAACCGCUCGCUGGGCAACACAUGGACACCAGUGUGUCACACCAGGGAGACGUGUAAAAGCAAAUCUGAUCACUACUGGGUGGUUGGAGUGCACGAGAACCCCCAACAACUCAGGUGUAUUCCUUGUAAAGGCUCCAGGUAUCCUCCCACCCUGCCCAGACCCGCUGUGGCCAUCCUGCCGUUUAAGCUGCCUCUGUGUCAGACCACCACAGAAAAGGGGCAGAUGGAGGAGCAGUUCUGGCGUUCAGUCAUCUUCCACAACCACUUCAGCUUCCUGUCGUCCAGCGGCUACGAGAUCGACGAGGACGCUCAGAACCAGUCCCAGAAGGAGCAGCAGGAGCUGCUCAUGAAGAUGUUUGCUCUGGCCUGUAAGCUGGAGAGAGAAUUUCGCUGUGUGGAGCUGGCAGAGCUCAUGACUCAGAAUGUGGUGACUCUGGCCAUCCGUUACGCGUCCCGAUCCAGACGCAUGGUCCUCGCCCAGCGGCUCAGUGAGAUUGCACUAGAGAAGGCCAACCAGAUACAGGAAGAGGAGCCAGAGGAGCAGGAAGAGGAGCCGGACUACUCCAGCAUCAGACGGACCUCUGGGUAUGGUCAGACUGAGCUCUCAGGAGGACAUUACAGCUCCAGACAUAAUCAGGAGAAGGAAGAGGAGCUAGGUGGAGACGAGCUUGGGGAGGAAGAUGAUGGAGCAGGGGAGAUGGAGACUGAGGAGGCAAAAGAAAUCAAGAAACGUGUGAAUCCAUUUGCCAAAGAAGCUAAAGAGGUUUCACCUGCGACGCCGUCGUUGACGCCAAUUGGUAAAGUAGGGCGAGCAAAUCCUUUUAAGGUUGCUGGUUCUGGGAAACCGUUGACUUCAUCUGGUCCACCUCGCAUGUCAAACAUCCUGGACAGCAUGACGUCCAGCAGGAAGUCGGCUCCACUCGGAGGAUCUGCAGGGAAACCAAACAAAAGCCCCGUCCUCAAACCGUUGGCCCCCAGACCCAAAGCAAAGUCGCAGACUCAGUCCACUCUGCUGCAGAUGACGGGCACUAAGGCAGCUGAUAAGAAGACUCAGGAGAACACAGAACCGGCUUUGGAUCAGCAAAAACACGCAGAAGCCCCGCCUCCUGCCCCACCUGCAGAGAACACAGAAAACCAAAGGCCAAAGACGGGCUUCCAGCUGUGGUUGGAGGAGAACCGAACGAGUAUUAUCAGCGAUAAGCCAGAUCUGGAGGAGACGGACAUCAUCAAAGAGGCCAUGGGGCGUUUCAGGACGCUGUCGGCAGAGGAGCGCCUGUCAUGGACAGAGAGAGCAAAAGGACAAACAGGGGAUGGAGAGAAGAAAAGAAAAAGAGAAGGAGGAAGUCCCGAAAAAAAAGAAGAAACUGAUGAAAAUAGUCCCAAGAAGAAAAAGUCUCUGGAUCCUUCAUCUAAGCUGUCAGCGUUUGCAUUUAACAAAAACUAAACAUCUGGUGGACGCUGAUCACUGAAAGAAUAUCUGAUGAUGUGUAUGUUCUGAAUGUUCUGCAUGUUUUACUGUCAGUAACUGAGCUUUGUUCUGUUUUUACAUUUCUAAAAACACUGUACUGUAUUUGACCAAUUUAAUAAAUAUUAAAGUUUU